CUCCCUUUCGUGAUCUUCUGGGUUGCGACAUUGCUCAAAAUAAAACUCGAAAGCUUGGCUUUCAUCUGCAUCAAUCAAACAAACACGAAACCAUCUAAAGGUUCUAUUUCACCCAGAGGAAACUUAAAUUUCUAAAGACUUCGCAUGUCGAUCGAGAAUCUAAAAAGCACAAAUCCUUUCGACGAAGUGUCAGAAGGAGACGAAACAUCAGUUCAAGUCGACGAUAUCCAUAUAAGAAUUCAACAGCGUAAUGGCCGAAAGACUUUGACAACCAUCCAAGGAAUCUCAGAUGAGUAUGACUUGAAGAAAAUYCUUCGGCAAUUUAAAAAGAAAUUUGCCUGUAAUGGUACUGUAGUGGAUCACGACGAGUACGGCGAGGUCAUCCAGCUACAAGGAGAUCARCGUAAGCAUGCGCGUGAAUUCCUCCUCUUGAUCAAACUUGUCAAGCCUGAACAGGUCAAGGUCCAUGGCUUUUAAGAAAAUCAAUGAGAACAUCCUAAAAUUGUUUUAYGUUUCURUGUGUACAUAUUUUGCCCUCUUAACAAGAAAUCAUUCUUCACGAUAACUSUAGCUGGAAUCUCYUGCUGGAUGAAAUACCAAGCUCUGAGCAAAUAGCAAAAUUCUUCAAAUUAUUAUUUUGUUUAUAGCACUAUAAUCUAUAAAGAAAUUUGUGAUUAAUAAACUUGAACCAAAAUGUG